AAAAUAAGUUACAAAUAACGCAAAACCCCCCCCACCAACACCCAAAACAAUGUCUAGAGGAGGGAGCUCAAAGACAAACCACCUGAGGGUGAUGGCUCUUGCUCCUACCCCCUCUGGUGUCAUUGGGUCACAAUGUGGGAGGCCGAGCGUUAGGAUGGACGGAGACAAGCCGUACGCCUGCCCCACUUGUGGCAAGCGCUUUUCUAAGGUGAACUAUGUGAAGAGGCACCAGCCUSUUCACACKAUGGAGAGGCCCUUCAAGUGUAAGCUAUGUUACAAGAGCUUCUCCUUCCUGAGUGACCUUCAGACACAGGGAUGUCCACAAAAGGGGAAAAUUGUAUUACUGUGGCUUGCAUUUUAGCUGCACCUGCGAUAACAUUCUUUGAAGUGUCCUGGGGGAAGUGUUUUUUUUUUUCAUUAUUACUACGUCCCUCAGUUGAGCAUCUGGAUAUGAUCACAUUCUCACAUGAUACAGACUUGUUGUUUGGUGUGCUGGCAUGGCCAAAARACUGUCAUGUUAUUGAAUUGUAACACUAUAUUUCCCCUCUGAAUGUAGUUGUGCCUACGGCCUAUUCAUAAAYUACACCUUUUUUAUAACACCUUUAGAACAAGUCAGGUCUGCUGAGAAGACAUGUAUCCGGUGUAAAGCAUAGCAGGAGAAUUUGCGACAAACCUUUUCUUGGAGAUACUUCCUUAAUUCCCAACUUGGAAGAUAACCCAUGUCUUCUAWACUUCCAUGGCUAGUUGCAGGUGGUUCAUUGGAAUUUAGGAAACAGUUUUUAAAUUAAAUCAAUUUGAAAACCCUGAGCAGUCGACAGAUGGUGAACUCUCAGAAAUUAAACCUGACAAAAGUGAAGAUGCCAACCAAUAAUAUCCUUUCUCUAAAGUAAAGCAGAGGCCAGGGAUUAAUAAAAGCAGUGGUAAAAAACAAAAUGGCAAGAGUUGUGGAAUAGGGACGGAAAGGGAAGAGACCUGUAUAGGAUCCAGGAAAACGUGAGGGCAGGGAGUUCCUCGGUUCGAGAGGGAAACGUAAUCACAAGGCUGAGACUGGGACUCAUGAGACUCAACAGCACUUUGAAAUUAGUAGGGAAACAUCCAACUGGGAAGUGUGAUCACUGCCAGGAGGAGAUUGAGACAGUGGGACAAAUUAUAUUUCACUGCCAUCUGUAUUGGAGGGAAAGGGACUAUUUGUUAUUAGGAAUAUUGGUAUUGAAGAGCCAAGUUUAAUUGAAUUGUUAGGAAACCCUUAAGGUGAUAUUGUAUUUGAAUUAUGUAUUCCAUUUCCUUAGGGAGAAGGCCGGGUUUAAUUGGGUAAAGUUAAACUUGAGACAUUCCCUGUCUCUGUUCCACACUCCAGUCCAGUUGGUGGCGGUAAGGCAUCACUAACAGUUGGUUGCCAACCGCCAUUUAAGACCAGUGAAGAAUAAGUGUAAACGGAAGUGACCAUGACCAACUUCCAUGUUAGCGUUUUUAUUGUUGUUAUUUAGACGUUUAUUAACACAUUGGAACUCAAAAUAUGACUCUUAACUGCACAUUAUAACAUAAUUAUCCCAGGUAGUCUUUAAGUCGCGUUGGAGACGGGACUUGGUUGAUAUUUUAUCAAGGUAACAUUAGCUAGCUGCUAAUGUUAGCUAACAAUGGCUAACUGUAUGGUUUUUCACACUCAAAUAGCCUCCAUUAUGGAGGUGCUAGCGAAUGCCGCCGUGGUAGAGGUCUGUAAACURGUAGACGACGACUAUGCAGUGUUUCGUUUGGAAAUAACUCAAAGCCAGAAAGAAAACAGGGCAUUACGGAGGAAACUACAGCUACUGGAACUGAAGGUGGCACGGGAGCGUGCAGAGAGGACAACGCCAGACCGCGUCCUCUCCAGUUUCCCCAGUAGUUUCAAGUCCCUCGACCGAUACAGAGGAAUGACAAGAGGUGAAGGACAUCUCACRGGAGGCUACAGGAGCUUUGUGAAGCCAGCYGGACACAAUACAUGGAGAGAUGACCAACCAAUCACUGUUGAUGAGGAGAGUGGAACCGCAACCCAGCAUGUUAUCGUAAUAGAGUCUGCAGAUACAGAGGCUGCAGGUCCUGGAGGAUCGUCUCUGGUCAAGCAGGAGAGGACUGAAGGAGACGACCCACAACACAGCAGAGACAUCCAGACUGGAGCAGCGGCUGGAGUGGCACCCCCUGUAGCUACGGACGACCUCGCCACCACGCCCCAGCCCCYACGCAGCAUUACGGAGGUCAGUGGAACACCGAAGGCCGUCCUCAAGUCAGAGACAGACACCGAGACUUUAACUGUAACACAAAGGCUCUUACGCACAGGAUCUGACCACAGAUCAGACCCAGAGAGACUGGGACUGGGGCCACUGGGCUSUCCUCCUGCUUCAGGCUCAGAGUAUUUACCGGUAUUUCACCAGAGCCAGYGGARMGUUKAUUCCCUUGGAGAUGGUGAUACGUUAGACACUGGUGGUGAUGAUCUGUCUUGUUCUUACACUACAGAGACGGAACCUGUCAACAUGCCCUUGGGUUUAGAGACCCAGAKUGAUCUGUCUAGAGGGGACUGGAACCAGUACAGUAGUAGUGUAUACUCUGAAGGGUUCCUAGAUAAGAAAGGGGAGGGUCUGGUUGUAGAUGAGGUGACUGUGAAAGUGGAGGGUGACGUUCCUCCCACAUGGAAUGCAGAUCACCUAGGAGACGMACACUCACAGGGCAGAGAUUUCUUAGACUACAGGGAAAGCUUCGAGACAAAUCCAAAUGUUGCGACCCACUCCCCUUUACACAUGUUCAGGGAUCGCAACCCAGUGUCCACGUCGAUGGGGCCUUCCGAUUCACAUGGCCGCAUCCUUUUCGAUCAGGUAUUGAACUCAAACGACAGGGCUAGAGCCCAGGCUCAGGGAGGAGGAGCCUCAUCAGGUAGUAGUAAAGAGAAACGGUUCCUCUGCAUGUUCUGUAACAAAGGCUUCAGCUGCCCCCAGAAGGUGGAGAUCCACCAGAGGGUCCACACAGGGGAGAAGCCCUUCAGCUGUACACAGUGUCACAUGCGCUUUGCGGAGGCUGGCACCCUAAAGAGGCACCAGAGGGUCCACACAGGGGAAAAACCCUUCAGCUGCCCCCAGUGUGAGAAGAGGUUCUCCCACCAGCACCAUCUGAAGAGGCACUUGAAGGUCCACACGGGAGAGAGGCCGUUCGCCUGUACGGACUGCGGGAAGAUGUUCUCAGAGAGGAGCUACCUCAGGAUACACCAGCAGAAAAACCAUUCCACUCUAUAACAUAGAAAGUAACUAUUCGAUAGCUUCUGACGUUUAGAUCAAAUCUUGCAUUAAAGACAAUUAAUUUUAAUUGUCAGCAGAAUGGAUCCAUAGAUGCAUUUGGAAUAACAAGAGUAACAGAUUUCAGUGUUAAAUAUUCCUGGGUAGAAUAUUGCAUCCAGACAUUGUGUGAUYUAUAAGGCAUAUAUAAGCCUAAGAAGUCUGUUAUAUAUUGUGUUUGUACUAUGUAGGCUACAGUGCUUUCAAAGUACUCAGACCCCUUUACUUUUUCCACAUUUUGUUGCCUUAUUCUAAAAUGGGUUAAAAAAUCCUCAAU